AUGUACGGAGUCCGUAGUACGGACGUGCGUUGCCAACACCGACUUGAAAGUCGUGACUGCCAUUUGCAAAUUUACCCGCACCGUGCUACGUGCGACUCCUCCACAGGCUCGAGCAGCCGUGCUCGACGAUUCCAGUCCGUCUAUCCUGUCAUGUCGACAACCGUUAGCGCCGCUAAAGGACUGAGCGCGCUGCAGCGCCGUGUGGCGGCAGCGGAGUCGUCCAGCCAAUGCUCGGCACCGGCCAACCCGCUUUGGGAUUUCUACGCCUGUGGACUCGUGGAUGAGAACGACGAUGUCUCCGACGGAGAGGACACAGAGGACGAGCGGGAGACCCAGGACUGGAUUCAGUUCCAGCGCCAACGCGCACAGGCGCGUCUCGCCAACGCGUGUCGGCAUGAAGCUCGCGUGAUGCACACCGCCAAGCACUGAAACGGCCCCCAGAGCGAAGCACCUCGAUCAAGUGCCGCAGUGCAACACGAUGACCAGCAUUCCCAUGCGUACAUGUUUUAAGAGCUGUAG